GUGUGAUUGGCCGGCCAAGUCACUUUGGCUCUUGCCACGUCUUGAACAACGAUGGUUCGCUCGGUCGUCGUGGCGCUUCUUCCUGUCAUCGUGUCUGCCGCCCUGUGCACGGAAACAGACUUCAUGCCCCUCACGACGGUGCUCGUCGCGUGUGCGACAGUGUCUGGUAUGCCACCCACCGCACUCCAAAGCACGCCAUCGACGGGAGACAUUGCCAGGUUGUGCCAGUUCCCGCAAUGCAAGGGAUUUUUCAUGUCUCUGGCAUCCCUAAAAUGCAACGACGCCAAUGGCGUCCCGCUUGCGUCGUCCAGCGGCGUGUGCAAUGGGGUUGUCGCUGGCCCAGCCGCCUCAACGACCAAACCAUCGACAGGAUCAUCCCCUUCAACGACGGUUGCAGGCACUACAACCAGCGCCCCGAAACCUUUCGCGACCAGCUCUGGCCUUGUGGCUGUUGCGUCGGCUUGUGCACUUGCUGUGGUGGCUGCCGCCGUGAACUUGUAGUUUAUAACAACCUGCACAAUCGAGUGGAUGUAUCUGUGAUAUUCGCCGUUCACCAUGUUGAUCCAUCUACGCCCAAGAUAUACGAUUGUAUCGAGGAGUGGGGUCCUGGACGAC